AACCGACAAACCCUCCCCCCCAAGCCUUUGAAAAAACCAACACUUUUCCACACUUUUCCUUCGUCCUCGCCAUUCCCACAAGACAGAGAAAAAAACCCAGAAACUGAAAAUUACAAAGGUAAAAAACGGAGAAAGAUCAAGAAAGAGAGAAGGAGACAAGAGAAUGUGUUUGGUGUUCGCGUUCCGGGAAGAGACGACGGAGCUUGGCCGGCAAACAGCGCCGGGAUUGUGUCCGUACUGCGACGGUAAAGUAUCGGCGGUCGACGUCGAGACAAAGUGGCUCUUCUGUUUUCUCCCUCUCUGUUUCAAGGUCAAGCGCAAGUACUUUUGCUCCUCCUGCGAUCGUCGUCUCGUCUUGUACUGCUGAAACCCUUCGGCGGAAAGAGAAGGUCUGAGGGAGAGAGUUUUGGGUAUUUAAGUUUUUGCCCCUCGUAGUUUCGAGAGGUUUCCAGAUUUCCCCCCUGUAAUUAUGAUCCGUUACAAACAACUCCUCAUCUCCUGUGUUCCGUGAACUCUGUAUUUCGUUGAUCGAAGUUCCCGUACGAUGUGAAAUAAAAAUAAUAUGCCUUCGUGUCG